AUGGGCACUUUUGUCCUGAGCUUCAAUAAUGCCAGAAGCCGCAAGACUAAUGCACCUGGAGCUGGUUCCAAGCUGGCGUUCAGCGCGAUGCAUGAAUCGCAAGACAGUAUGAUUUUUGCCGGCCUCCGAGAGCGGUGCACGCCAAGGACUAGCUCAAAUGUGCAACAGCGCCUUUGGUCGGCUUGCGGGCGGCGGUGGAAAGACAUGGUGGAGGCUUGGGAAGUGGACGAGGUGGAGAUGAUGAACACAAAAAUCAAAGGUCAACAGGCGGACGACCUGGAGGACAUGUCGGUUUCCCGUUCCUUCUACCAAUUAAGAAGAGCGGCAGUGGGCAGGGCAACUGCCGACCGGCAGACGAAGCGACGCACAAGAUUCGGCUUCACCACCAUGCCAAGUCUCGUCUCUGAUAUCAUACACUGCGUUUCCGUUAACGGGAAGAAAUAUAGCCUUCCGCCUUUAGUACUGGUUGCUGCGGCCAAAACACCCCUAUUACAUAGCAGCGACAGCGUUGCAUUCCACACCUUGGCUCGUCUCAGCUCACGAGCAGCCCUCGGAAUCUGGCGUAGCUUGACAGCGAUGGCCAAAACAGUUCACGAUACUCUUGGUCACGAAGCCCACGUCGUUCCAACCCGAUUCGGAGCCACGGUCGUGUUACGGCUCUCCAUGAGGUUUCCGUACGUCUGCAAAACCACCAGCCCUUCGACGACAGACCAAUCGCUUCGUAAGCCAAGUCUUGGGGGCAAGCCACUAUUGCUUGAUAGACAUGGCACCUUGGGUACAAAGCGUCUGCUCCAGCCUGUGUGCAUAUUCAAGUGCUUUAAUUCACUCAUCAUCUCCAGCUUUGUUUUGUUCUACUUUCCUCUCUCCUCUUGUUUGGGUGUUGUCAAUUCCUCUUGGAUUUUUUAA